GAUGUUUAUAUGGAAUGUAAAAUAACUUUCCAAAGGGAUGACUUAAUAUUUGAGUUGUUUUUUUUAAAUAGAUUCAUGAUAUUAUAUAAAGAAAACUGCAAUUUAACUCUGGGGGUUUCCUGUACUAAUUUUUAAAUGGGUUUGCAAAGCCAUGGAUUCCUAUAGAGAUUCUCCUAGAGCUUCCGAAAAGUGGAGAGGAGAGUGUUAGGGAGGAGUAGGGAGACUAAGCUGGGAAUUGAGAUCCCAGGCACCACAGUUGUACUCCAUAGUCACUCUGCCUAUUUGUCAUCCAUGUAAGAACCUGAAGAAGAACCAGUUCAGCUACUUAAAUUAAAAACAGCAGAUCUCAUCUUAGUGUCUUAUUUUACACAUGAGGAAACUGAAGUAUGAGAGAUAAGUGGUUUGCCCAUGGUCAUCUGGCAAGACAGUCACAAAUCAGUUUUUGGUUUAAUCUCUAGUCUACUAGCCUCAACUACACUAGGUUAGAUCCCUGUAUUUGGAUGGCUACUUUAGGUGUAACAUGCAAAUGAGAGUUGGAGGAUGGUCUUUGAAAUGAGCAUUCAGUAAGAUAGUACUUGAUAAGCUACCCUGAAUAUGAUUAUUUGUUCAUAGUGUACAGAACACCAGGAUGGCACGCAUGUUACAUGAUGUCAGAGGGUGGGGAAAGUAUUUCUUCACAUUCCACUCCCAAGCAAUUAAUACAAAGCCAACUCCAGUCCACAGGAAAACUAAGUCACUUGUUUAGGCUUAUAUAUUUUCCUUUUACAUUGGAAAAAAAAACAUUUGACACUAAUAGAUUCAGGCUUCUUUGCCAUCAGAACCUCCAUGUGAAUGAGUUCAGUGCAUCCUGAUGUACAGUGGACAUAUCCAGGGUAUAAGGCAUGGGUAAAGGGAGAUGACAAAGAUAAGCAAGAGUACAGGUAAGUAAAUAAAAUUGCCAUGGGAAAAUUGUGUAACACUUCUCUUUCUCCAUUUUGAGGUAAAGUCUAAUUUUCCUUAUUUUCUUAGCUAUGCGAGUAAUAUUCUUGAAAAGCCAAAUGGCUCCUUCAGUGGAAAUCAGUACUAAUUAUUUCUGUUUGCAACAACACUGUGGAGGGAAAAUCCGAGACCAUAAGAAAAUAGAAUUUUUGUUAUUGAAUUUACAGUGUUGGCAAAAAUAUUUUGUGUGUGACUUUUUUUGUCUGCAGUCUCCAUUCUUUUGGCAUUUAUGUUUUCCAUGGCCUUGGGCAAUGCAGUAGGGAAUAUGUGUUUCUAAGCUACAAGGCAUAUUUUGACUGUUUAUCAAUGUCAGGUCAGCCCCACUUAAAAAAUACAGUUGCAACCAAAAUAGGAAUGUGUUUUCAAAUAUUAGAAGAAACAAAUUCUUAUUUGUUAUAAUAGAAUCCACUCAUUUCAGAAAUCACUUCCUUUCAAUUUUUAUGAAAUAACCACAUAGUGUAUAAAGAUACCAAAAAUAAGAUUGACUAGGUGAAAUACAUACAGGCACAAAUUAGUUGAUUUUAGCAGAAUCGGUGUGAAACAAAUGCCCAUGAUGACAAAAUAAUAUUGCAGUUGAAUAUGCAAAAAAAAAAAAAAAAAUCUCUGAGACUAGUAACAAAGCAAUGCCUAUCACUAAAACUAGGUAUCCUCUACCUUGUGUAUUUAAAUUCUUCACACCUUUGGUCUAUCCAAAAUUCAAUUAUUAAUGAUGAAAGUAAAGUACACUUCUUUAAAAUAUUUCCGUUUUCAACAUUGUUUAUAAAAAAAAAUUCAGGCAUGAUUUCAGUAUUCAUGAAAAUGAGAUUUUCUUUUAGUAGUGAUUAUAAUUUUGGUGACGUGAGAGAGUAUUCUCGUAUUAAUUUCCUGACAACAUAUUUUCCCAAUUUAACCAUGCAUUUUUGUUUUAACAGAUAGCUUACGAAUGAUUAGAAGAAUUGAUUCUUUCUGAGACUCCUCAGAACAUUCCCUAUAAAAUUUGUAUCUUGCUCUAUACUCGUGAAUAAGAACCAGCCCUCUUGAAACCACCUAAUCGGACACGGGAGUUUGGAAGAAGCAGGUGCUGAACCGUAAUUUCUUCCCUGAUUAAAAAAAUGGGCUGUGAUCGAAAUUGUGGGCUCAUUGCUGGGGCUGUCAUUGGUGCGGUGCUGGCCGUGUUUGGAGGUAUUCUGAUGCCGGUUGGAGACGUGCUUAUUGAGAAGACCAUUAAGAAGGUACAAGCUGCACCCCAUCUCUAUCCAAAUGCAUUUGUUCAAGUGGUACUCAAUUCACUUAUCAAAAAGUCAAAAUCUUCUAUGUUUCAAAAAAGAACUGUGAGAGAGCUCUUGUGGGGCUAUAAGGAUCCGUUCUUGAGUUUGGUUCCAUAUCCUAUUACUACGACAGUUGGUGUGUUUUAUCCUUACAACAACACUGCAGAUGGAGUUUAUACGGUUUUCAGUGGGAAAGACAACAUAAGCCAAGUUGCCAUAAUUGACACUUACAAAGGUAAAAGGAAUCUCACCUAUUGGCCAAGUUAUUGUGACAUGAUUAAUGGUACAGAUGCAGCCUCAUUUCCACCUUUUGUUGAGAAGACGCGAGUAUUGCGUUUCUUUUCCUCUGACAUUUGCAGGUCCAUCUAUGCUGUGUUUGGAGCCGAAAUUAAUCUGAAAGGAAUCCCUGUCUAUAGAUUUGUUCUUCCAUCCAUGGCCUUUGCAUCUCCACUUCAAAAUCCAGAUAACCAUUGUUUCUGCACAGAAAAAGUUAUCUCAAAUAAUUGUACAUCAUAUGGUGUGCUAGACAUUGGCAAAUGCAAAGAAGGAAAACCUGUGUACAUUUCACUUCCUCAUUUUCUACAUGCAAGUCCUGAUAUUGGAGAACCUAUUGAAGGCUUAAGUCCAAAUGAAGACGAACAUAGCACAUACUUAGACGUUGAACCUAUAACUGGAUUCACUUUAAGAUUUGCAAAACGGCUGCAAAUCAACAUAUUGGUCAAGCCAGCAAAAAAAAUUGAGGCAUUAAAGGGUCUGAAGCGAAACUAUUUUGUGCCUAUUCUUUGGCUUAAUGAGACUGGUACCAUUGGUGAUGAGAAGGCAGAAAAGUUCAGAAAACAAGUGACUGGAAAAAUAAACCUCCUUGGUCUGGUAGAAAUUAUCCUACUCAGUGUUGGUGUGGUGAUGUUUGUUGCUUUUAUGAUUUCAUACUGUGCAUGCAGAUCAAAGAAAGUGAAAUAAGCCGUGAAUGAGUUUUUACCUUUCUGUACCAGCUACGUCAGGACCUUUGUUACUAUUGGCCUACAAAAUGAAGAUUUAAUAUGCUUUUUACAAAACACACCUAAUCUUCUGGUCAAAGAAAUGGUGACGUUUUUCUUUCUUUCUUUCUUUCUUUCUUUUUUUUUUUUUUUGCACUAAGCAGCAGCACAUUUCUAAAGGAUUUUAAGAUGUUGGUAAAAUCCACACUUGGAAUACAAAACUGGAAUCUUUUAAAAUUCAUCAUGUGCACAAUCGAAUUGAUUUCAGUUUCUGUAGGCCUGGCUCAGACAUGAACCAACUGUUCUUAUUGGGUACUGAUUCACUAACCGGUUCCCUGGUGGCAAAUUCAGCAGAGUGGACAUUCUCAACAAAACUUGAACCCUGAACUCCUGUCUUCUCUGUCGAGGGAAAAACAUCAGUGUCCCUGUUCAGUUGCAAUAGACCGACCCCAGGGCUGUCAGUACAUCACAGUUCAUGAGCACCGACUCUUUUGAAAGACAUUUAAGAAUGGAAAGUAAAAUUAUAUACUACUCAAGGUUCUCUUUCUGUGGAAUCCUUUGCACAGCAACAGCAGGCGUUGUAACCAUUUCCUUACUGUAUAACGAUAUAUUUUGUCACUGAUUAUGCAAAUGGACGUCCUUUUUAGCACAUUUUGGCUCUUUGUGUUUAAGGACCUUAUCAUCUUCCACGUUCUGCAGCUCUUCUGGCAAUAUGAAUAGAUUGUGACCUUUCUACUCAGUUACAUAGAACUUAGGCUUGGCACCUUCAGAAUGCUGUGCUAGGUAUUAAAAGAUGUAAAUGAUAAUAAAGGAAUUAUUGUAUGAAAGAUUAUCAAGAAUAGAAUAUGUGUUAACGGUUAUUUGUAAUAGCUCUUGCUUUCACAGUCACCUCAGAAUGGUCUCAACCAUUAAAAUAUGUUCUUCAAA